CAGUCGGUGCCGCCUCCGGGCUCGUCUGUCCGCGUCCCCAGCGCUCGGCCGGCGCGGACUCCGCUCCACACCUGGUUCUCUCUGCGGCCCAGACCCGGGCUUCCCAAGGGGCUGCGGUAAACCUUCUGCCUUCACGCUACCACCAGGUGAGCUGAGGACACUGCCCAGGCACAGAGAGGCGUGAGGACACCAGCCCGCUUGGGACGUUCACUCUCCAGCAGUGGAACCCCAAAAGCUCAGGAUGAUCCCGCCCAAUGCCACGGCCGUGAUGCCCUUUCUGACCACGCUGGGGGAGGAGACGGCCCACCCACAGGGCAGCAGUGCGACCAGCCUGGCCCGCAGGGGCCCCCUCGGCGACGACGGGCAGAUGGAAGCGCUCUACAUCCUCAUGGUGCUCGGCUUCUUCGGCUUCUUCACCCUGGGCAUCAUGCUGAGCUACAUCCGCUCCCAGAAACUGGAGCACUCGCAUGACCCCUUCAACGUGUACAUUGAGGCCAACGACUGGCAGGAGAAAGACAGGGCGUACUUCCAGGCCCGGGUUCUGGAGAGCUGCAGAGGGUGCUACGUCCUUGAAAACCAGCUGGCCGUGGAGCACCCCGACACUCACCUCCCCGAGCUGAAGCCUUCACUGUGAACCCCACGGAGCCCGGCUGCACCCGGGCAAGCCCCACGCAACCGUCGGAUCUUUUUAAUCAGCGCCUCUCGUAUCGGAUUCCUCCUGCUGCUUUAAGGGACUGGGGUGAACUCACGACACCACUUUCCUAAAACCCCAUCCCUGCUGUUGGACGCUUUCUCCAGUAUCCGUCCCUUCCUGGUUCCGUGGAGCAGAGCGCCUGAGAGUGUGGGCUGCGGGAACACGAGUUGCGUUUGCCACAGUCUGUGACGGUGACAGCCAGCGAGGCCGAGGGACAAGGUUCCCACAGGCAGAAGUAGAAGUGAUGAAGGCGACGCCCCAGUCCCCUCCACUUCCCCUGUCCCCCUUCCCAGCCACUGGGACUUGCGAGCAGCUCUGACUCGGGAAAAGACCCCUGUGCCCCCAGAUGGCCAGAGUCUAGGGCCGGUGUCAUUGCUGUGGCCACGACAGAGAAAUUAACUCCCCGCUGCCUGAAGCCCCUGUUACUUUUGCCUGUAUUAAAGGAGCAGAAUCACCCUCAUAGACCUGUCUCGUAGGACUUGGCCCAAAGGCGGGCUAUUGGCGUGUUUCUAACAAGCACAGUAGCACUUCUGCCCUUGUCACCGCUAUGCGCACUACUGUGGCCCUGCCCGCCGCACCUCCCCUCCCCCCAACCCCGACACACAAACACAGCCACGUCCCACUCACGCAGCUCAGUCUGGAAGAGCCUGCUUCCUGCAGGGCCGGGCUGGAGGAGCAAACUAUCCCUUUCAGAAUAAACCAGGGAGCAGGUGCUCAUCACCGUGGGAGGAGGGGGAGGGGCCCUCAGUGCCUCAACAUCCCGGGGUUGGGGGAAGUGGGUGUGGGAAUUGGCACAAUGUGGCACUAACACGGCUGACCUCUUGGGUGAGGGGUCUGUUUUGGGGGUUUCAGUUGGGCUCCCCCCAAAAUAUGUUGGCACCCUAACCCCCGAAACCUGGGCCUGUGACCCAUUAUGGCUGCUGGUGUCUCACAGGCCUGCUGUGGCCUUUUAGACACUUGUGGUACAACUGGGAAGAAGGGCAGGUUAGGGAGGGUCUCCGAGUGCAUGGUGUCUGGGAUGUGACCCUUGGUCUCACAUUGAACUUGAAGUUCUAGACAUGCAGAGGGCUCUCAUCACCAGGCCCCGCUCCCCCGACCCACACGGCCGUGCCUCUGAGAUCCCGGGAGCUGCAGGCCUUCCUGUCCUUGCGGGGCAGGCCUGGGGCCAGCCGCAGUCCUCGCCUCUCCUCCUCCCUCCCCACUGGCUCUAGAAGGGGCUGAGGGAAAGUGGGGGGCAGGGGGAUUGAGCCGCAGACUUUCAGCCACUGCGGCCAUCUUUGAAAAUCUGAUCUCCCGUAGGUGGAGUGCGUGCCAUGUGCCAGGCACUAUUCUGAGCGGCUUAAAAAUAGAAAUGCAAUUACUAUUUUGCCUGCAGUAUUUGAUGUGCUCACUUGAUAGGCCAGCAAUGCUUUCUGCAGCGUUAAUAAGAUUUUUUAAAUUAAAUCUCUUCAUCAUGA